AUGAACGAGAAAUUACUCCUUCAGCUUAUUGUGCUAUGCGUGGCUGGAAAUGCUAUUCAUGCACAAGAACAAGGCAUAGAUAUUCUUCAUCAACUAGGCCUUGGAGACAAAGAUGUAGGACACUCAACAUCAAUGACAGCGGUGCCAUCAUCAUCUAUACCAUUACCUCAGGGGGUUCACUUAACAGAACCAGGCGUCAUUUUAACAAAUGAUACUUAUAUUGAGUCACCUCUCAUGAAUAUUUUACCUGUCAAGUUAGUGCAGCCAUUUACAAUAUUAAUUGGGUUACAGUCACAUAAAGUAAACAAUGCAUUUCUCUUCAGCAUUAGAAAUAAAAAUAGACUGCAAUUAGGAGUUCAACUACUACCUAAAAAAUUAGUGGUACACAUUGGAGGAAAGCAGUCUGUAUUUUUCAACUACAGUGUUCAUGAUGAAUUAUGGCACUCAUUUGCCAUUAAUAUUAGAAACAAAGUUAUCUCCAUGUUUGUUAAGUGUGGAAAGAAAUAUUUUUUCAGAGAGACUUUUUCAGACGUUCCGACCUUUGAUGCUAACAGUGUGUUCACCUUAGGAAGUAUAAAUAAUAAUUCUGUCCAUUUUGAAGGAAUAGUAUGUCAGUUGGAUAUAAUUCCUUCUGCAGAAGCAUCUGCGAAUUAUUGCACAUACGUGAAACAGCAGUGUCGCCAAGCAGAUACAUACCGGCCUGAGGCAAAUCUUACACACACAACUAUUAUACCAUCUACAAUACUGGAAACCUCUCCUUUGCUCAAACGAUUUGGUGAAAAAGUACUGUCUGAGCAUACAUUGACUGAUGGCAAAAGCAUUCCAUAUGUUAUAAAUAAUGAUUCUGCAACAGCGCAUAAAGAACCAGAACACAAGGUACCAAGAUCUCCAUUAAUGUCUCUUCCUUUUGGGAAUAUGUCUGCUGUGGCUUUCAUGAACAGUGGAAUUCAGGUCACAGAAAUGACCACUGAAAAACAUAUUCAGACAAAUUUAAGCCAUUCAGCGACACAUCAGCACCUAAGUGAAGCAAGAAUUAAUUCAACCAACAGGAAAUUGACUUCUCCUCUAAAUGCAUCUAACGUCACACAUGAUGAUGGAGAAACUAGCUUCUCACCGUUUAAGAAGAUGUCAUCUAUUCCCUCACAUAUAGAACAGGAUGCAAUUAAUAAUCAGAAGAAGGCUAUUACAGCAAAUCUACACACUAACGAACUCAUGGAAAUGCAACAGAUUUUAAACACAACCUUAUAUAGAGUGACUGGUGAGCUUUCUGUGGAUAACCACCUUGAUCUAAGGAAGGAAGGAGAAUUUGACCCUGACUCCACCUAUCUCAUUGAAAACAGCUAUGAAACUGAGCUUUAUGAUUAUUAUUAUGAAGAUCUUAAUUCAAUGCUCGAAAUGGAGACUCUGAUUGGGCCAAAAGGGGAUACUGGACCACCCGGUCCGCCUGGUCCAGCAGGUAUCCCAGGUCCAGCAGGAAAGAGAGGCCCAAGGGGCAUACCAGGGCCACAUGGAAAUCCCGGAUUACCUGGAUUACCAGGUCCAAAAGGCCCAAAAGGAGAUCCAGGUUUGUCCUCAGGUCAAGCUGUUUUGGGAGAAAAGGGAAUUCCUGGAUUCGCUGGUAAUAUUGGCUCACCUGGUUACCCUGGCAGGCAGGGUUUGGCUGGACCAGAAGGCAACCCAGGUCCUAAAGGUGUAAGAGGUUUUAUUGGUUCUCCUGGAGAAAUAGGACAACUGGGACCUGAAGGAGAGAGAGGGAUUCCUGGGAUGCGUGGAAAGAAAGGUCUUAAAGGAAGACAGGGUUUUCCCGGUGACUUUGGAGACAGAGGCCCCGCUGGUCCUGAUGGCAGUCCUGGACUUGUAGGUAGCAUCGGCCCUCCAGGAUUUCCUGGACUUAGAGGCAGUGGUGGUCUUGUAGGACCAAUUGGAACCUCUGGAAUUCCUGGCCCUAUGGGUCUCUCAGGGAAUAAGGGGCUACCUGGAAUCAAAGGUGAUAAGGGUGAACAAGGCAUUGCAGGAGAACAAGGAGAAUUGGGGUAUCCUGGAGACAAGGGAGCUGUCGGUUUACCAGGACCUCUGGGGAUGAGAGGAAAGCCAGGACCUUCAGGCCAAACAGGUGACCCUGGACCCCAAGGACCAAUUGGCCUUCCAGGACCAGAGGGUUUUCCAGGAGAUAUUGGGAUUCCUGGACAAAACGGCCCCGAAGGACCAAAGGGUCUUCUUGGAAAUAGAGGGCCCCCUGGACCUCCUGGUCUCAAAGGAACUCAGGGAGAAGAAGGACCAGUUGGAUCCUUUGGAGAACUGGGGCCAAGUGGAAAACCAGGUCAAAAGGGUUAUGCAGGUGAACAAGGACCAGAAGGUUUAAAGGGAGAAGUAGGAGAUCCAGGAAACACUGGAAAAAUUGGUGAAACAGGACCUGUGGGUUUAUCUGGAGAAGUUGGAAUGACUGGAAGCACUGGUGAUAAGGGAGAUCGUGGAAGUCCAGGACCACUAGGUGCCCAGGGGGAAAAAGGUGUUAUGGGAUAUCCAGGUCCUCCUGGGAUUCCAGGAUCCAUGGGUCCACUGGGAUUACCUGGUCAUGUGGGGGCAAGAGGACCACCUGGGAGUCAAGGUCCUAAAGGAAGAAGUGGACCAAGAGGACCAGAUGGUCUCUCAGGAGAACAAGGGAUGCAAGGUGCCAAGGGUGAAAAAGGAGAUCAAGGAAAAAGAGGGCCACAUGGUCUUAUUGGUAAAACUGGAACUCCUGGAGACAGAGGAGCUCACGGGAAACCAGGUUUUCCAGGACCCCCUGGGAGCACAGGAGACAGGGGACUUGCAGGUGAACCAGGAUCACGAGGACUGCCAGGUGAUGCUGGACCUCCUGGAGAAAUGGGUACUGAGGGACCUCCAGGCAUUGAGGGAGAAUCUGGUCUACAAGGCGAGCCAGGUGCAAAGGGAGAUGCUGGUGCACCAGGCAGUGUUGGAGGAGCUGGUGAGCCAGGGGUACGGGGUGAACCAGGAGUUCCUGGAGAAGAAGGACUCCAGGGUAAAGAUGGUGUAAAGGGGAGCCCAGGAGGAAGAGGACUUUCUGGAGAAGAUGGAGAAAGAGGAGAAUUUGGGCUACCAGGAAGCACGGGUCCCAUAGGUAGUCCAGGACCAGUGGGUCCUCCGGGAUCUGAAGGAAUUCUGGGAAUUCCAGGACAAAGAGGCCGUCAAGGAAUAAAGGGUGAAAAAGGACAAAUGGGACCCACAGGAGAAACUGGAAGCAAAGGUGCUCCUGGACAAAUUGGAGAAAGUGGUCCUAAGGGUACCAGAGGAACCAGAGGUGCUGUGGGUCAGUUAGGACUGAUGGGUCCCAAAGGAGAACCAGGAAUUCCAGGAUACAGGGGCCAUCAGGGUCAACCGGGACUUUCUGGGUUGCCAGGACCUAAAGGAGAAAAGGGUUACUCGGGAGAAGAUAACACAGUCCUAGGACCUCCUGGGCCUCGAGGUGAACCAGGUCCAGUAGGGGACAGAGGAGAAAGAGGAGUGCCUGGAACAGAAGGUUAUAAGGGUCAUGUUGGUGUACCAGGACCAAGAGGUGCCACUGGACAACAAGGGCCCCCAGGCGAGCCAGGUGAACAGGGUGAACAAGGACUAAAAGGAGAGAGAGGACCUGAAGGUCCUAAGGGGAAAAAUGGAGCACCUGGUCCAUCUGGGAAACCUGGGAUUCCUGGACUUCCAGGCCUUUCUGGGCCAAAAGGGAUGCAAGGGUACCUUGGAGCAGAUGGCAUCUCAGGAAUCCCUGGAAAAGGUGGGCUGCCAGGAAAACAAGGACUUACCGGCAUCAGAGGUAGCCCAGGAGCAACAGGAUUGGCUGGUUCUCCAGGUCCUCGAGGAGCAGAGGGGUCAUCAGGCCUGCCAGGAAGCCCAGGAGUUCUAGGCCCAAAGGGUGAGCAAGGACUACCUGGACAACCUGGAGUGCAAGGUAAAAGAGGUCACAGAGGAGCACAAGGUGACCAAGGACCAUGUGGACAGCCAGGCCGGAAAGGGCCACCUGGAGAGCAUGGUGUUCAAGGUUGGAGAGGUUUCCAAGGAUUCCCAGGUCCCAAAGGUCCUGAUGGAGAUGCUGGAAUUGUUGGAAUAUCAGGUCCUAAGGGUCCUGCUGGACAAAGAGGAAACACUGGCCCCAUUGGCAGAGAAGGUAUAAUAGGUCCAACAGGUAGAACUGGACCCAGAGGUGAAAAGGGUUUUAGAGGUGAACCGGGUCCCCAAGGACCAAGGGGUCAACCUGGGCCUCCGGGUCCACCUGGAACACCGGGUCCAAGAAAACAAAUGGAUCUCAAUGCUGCUAUUCAAGCCUUGAUGGAAUCAAAUGCUGCCCUACAGAUGGAGAGCUACCAGAAUACUGAAGUGACUGUACUUGACCACAAUGCAGAGAUAUUCAAAACCCUGAACUACCUGAGCAAUUUACUGCAUAGCAUCAAGAAUCCUCUUGGCACACGAGAUAACCCAGCACAAACCUGCAAAGAUUUGCUUAACUGUGAACACAAAGUAUCAAAUGGAAAAUACUGGAUUGACCCAAAUCUUGGAUGUUCUUCUGAUGCCAUUGAGGUUUUUUGCAAUUUCAGUGCUGGUGGUCAGACAUGUUUAUCUCCUGUUUCUGUGACAAAGUUGGAAUUUGGAGUUGGUAAAGUCCAGAUGAACUUCCUUCAUUUGCUGAGCUCAGAAGCCACCCAUAUCAUCACCAUCCACUGUCUAAAUGCCCCAGUGUGGACAACUGGACAGACAAGUGGCUCAGGACUGCCUAUUGGUUUCAAGGGAUGGAAUGGAGACAUUUUUGAAGAAAACACUCUACUUGAACCUAAAGUGCUUUCAGAUGACUGCAACAUUCAAGAUGGCAGCUGGCAUAAGACAAAAUUUCUUUUUCACUCCCAGGAUCCUAGUCAACUUCCAGUGAUUGAAAUACAAAAAUUUACUCAUCUCAAAACAGGACAGAAGUACUACAUUGAAAGCAGUUCUGUAUGCUUCCUCUAA